AUGCCGGAGACGCAGACCCUGCGGAGAGAGCCGGAGCUUCGGGGUAUGAGCAUCUGCAGCAUCCGGCCGAUGAGCUCGGGAUUACAUCCUUGGCACCAUUGAUCAAUGUCGAUCUCUUGCCAGCAGUAGGGACCGGCGACGGCUCUCCUCCAGGAUUUGCAGACGCUCGGGACGACGGUCAAGACGUCCUCGAGAGGAAGCUUACGGAAGAUCAGCCCCAGAGCAUCCGGGAUCAUCUCAUCCCAGCAUCUGAAUUGGUCCCCCUCGUCCAUAGUCUGAUCCAAGGGACCCUUCUGAUCUGCAGAACCAGGCACAAAUGCCCAGAUCAAACUGGGAUGGAAAGAGAUAAAUGAAAAGAGGAACGAGGAGCGGGGGUAGGGAUCUUUUUCUGAUGCUUCAGCAGGGAGCUUGCCGAAGAAGGGGAAGGGGAACAGUACCCACAAGGAAGGAACUGUGAUCGGAGACGCAGGAGGAGGUGAGAUAAAAGAGCCGAAAGAAGAACAGUUUCCAGGGGGAGACGAUGAAGACGGAUCGAUUUGCGAUCAUUUUGCCUGCUGCCAUUGAUGGCAUCCCGGCAGAAGAAAUGACCUCCCGGAUGUGACUACUGAGGGGAGAAGGCCCUGGUGGGGAAGGGAGUUAAUGCGGUUUCCUGGCAGAAAAACCAGAGAAAUCGAUAGCUCUUCCAUGGGGGAAGAAACGAGAGAAGCACGCCAAUUGAAUGCCUUCGAGGGCGGAGCGGCCCCAUCCACACAGAAGGAUACCAUCUCCGAUAGACGAUGUAUCGCCCGAAAUAAUCAUGCUUCCGAAGAAGAGGCUUCCAGGAAGAUCUACGCGUAGGAGUGGGAUAGAAGAGCAAACGGAGGAUGAUCCGAGAAAUCGAGAUGCGGACCUCCUCGAAGGGGAUGAUCCGGUGAAAUGGGGCAAAGCGAGGGGAAGAGAACGAAAUCGACGAUCCGCACUCCCGAUGCUCCUCACCGAUGGAGCAGACUAGAAGUCGGCAGGGAAAAAUCCGACAGAAAGAGCCCCUCGAAUUGGACGGGGCCAGAUCUCGCCUCCGUCAGAUUGCCCGAACCCUAUCGGAAGGAACGAAGCCGCCAACUAUCCGCCCGGAAAUCGGCACGACUCCUAGCAUCGUUCACAGCACACGACCUAGAAGAUCAAAUCAGAGAAAAAAAUAUCGGCGGGAUUUUCUCACCUACAAGCAUCAAUUACACAUUUUCAUAUUCCCCUCUACCAUCUCGAUGUUCUAACAAGGGACAGAGAGAUCGAGAGAUCGAGAGAGAGAGAGAGAGAGAGAGAGAGAGAGAGAGAGAGAGAGAGAGAGAGAGAGAGAGAGAGAGAGAGAGAGAGGUCUUUGCUCCUCCCUCACCCUUAUCUAUUGUGUUGGAGGUCGUGGAGGACUCACCGGUGGAGCUCUCUGAGAAGAACGAGAGAGAGAGAGAGAAACAGAGAGAGGAGGGAGGGGGAACUGCGAGGGGAGAAGUUGCAGAGAACCUGAGAACCAGCCAACCAGCAGAAAACAAAACUGAUUUGGGCCCUAAUUGGGCCGACAGUCGAUUCUUCACAAGCUUGGGCCCCGUUAUCGGCAGAUAUGGCCUUCAGUACCGUGAAAUAUCAGACUUGGGCUUGGGCUCGGGCCUGGUGAAUAGAUCGCCUAAACCUGUGACUUAGGCCCAUCUAAUAUCCGAUCAGGCCCACUCAGACUUGAGGAAGCCACGCUAAUCAACAGAACCCGGUACCUUCAGCUACCAUCGGAAGGAUACGGACACUUCCCCCGUCCGUUUCCUGUUACAGGUUUUAUCCUCGCCUUUGGUCUUGUCGUUUUCCCCGUGCAUGAAUAGUAAUAUAGACGGAGAUAGAGCUAGAGAUAGAGAGAGAAAGAGAUUCUGGCCAGCCGCUGCAGGCUGCCGACGUGACGUGUGGCAGAGAGAGUUCCGGGUCGCCGGAGGUCGCCGACGUGACGUGAGUGAGCGAGAGAGAGGGCAACGGGACGUCGUUCUUCUGCAACUGGCCAAACCCUUCGAAAUGCCUCCCGACCGCGUAGGCCGGUGGUUUAGCCUCUCGCCGGAUUGAUUCAUGGCGGCGGACAGACGGAUGGCACACUUCACCGCAGCGCGGGGCUUCUGCUACACGUUUCAGCUCGUCGGGAAUGGAGUUUCUAUCCGUAUUUUAAUCGCCGGUCGUUCUCGAGCCGUGCGGCAAUGAUUUUCGCUCCGCCGCACCCUGUAGCAUCUACAGGCCCCCCUAGUCGCCGGAAGGACCGCCUCCGUUCCUCCUCUCCGGCAACGGCGAACCGGGGAUCGGGCGGAGCAAAAUGCAGGGAGGGUUUUCUAAAAAGGAAAGAAGAAAGCGAAAGGGGACGAUGAAGAAGGAGACCACAAAGUUGCUGCUUUCUUUUCCUUUUUCUUGAUAUUUACAAACCCGGCGGUCGUCUCACAGGAGAGUGUAGCACUGGGAGGUCUUCGGGUCCCACAUCGCCGGGAGGAGGAACUUCCGGCCGCCGACUCCGGCGGCGUUGUAGCUGCCGCCGGUGGCGGGAUCCGUCAACACCUUGCCGGGGUUCCCCGGGUAGGAACCGCUGCCGAAGACGCCCGUGCAGGCCGACACAGCCUCCAGCGGCGCUGCCGCAGGCCCCUGGAAGAACCCGCCGGCGAAUGGGUUCGUCACAGUUCCCGCCACCAGCGUCGCCAGGUUGAUCACCAUCCCGUCAACUCCCACGUCGCCGUUGGGCGCCACCAGCGGCGGCGUCUGCGGGCCGUAGACGGGCUGGUGGAAGGGCCAGGCACACUGGCCAGGGCACUGAGCUUCCGAGUUGCCGAUCCAGAUGUAGGCAAAUCGGGCCCGGCGAUUCUUCCCAGAUGGCAGCGGCGCCGCCCCGUGAGACCCGCACCGGCUCAUGCAGAACCCUUCCACCGCAACAUCUCCGGCGGUGAACACCACGGCAACCGAGCCCCGGUGGCGGCCGCCCCCGGCGGCGGCGGCAAGCGCGGUGAUAUCGCCGUCGGUUAG